GCACCGCAUCCAGCAACGAUCAAUGUGCCGGCUCUGUAUACAAACGUUGAUUGACUUCCAUCGUCUGAAGUAAUCCUUCUUGUGAUAUUCCGAAUAUAUUGUACAUAUUCUUUCCUCAUUUUCGUGAUUCUAUCUAAGCAAAUAUUGUUUAGCAACUACUACCAUAAUGACACACAACGUCCUCUUAAUCGGCGGCCACGGCAAGGUUGCUCAGCUUCUCACGCCCCUUCUCUUAGCGAAGUCGUGGAAUGUGACAAGCAUGAUUCGUUCUGCUUCACAGCGACCCGCCAUUGAGAAGCUGGGUCAGGGCCAGCCAGGCAAGCUAAGUGUGCUUGUCAGCAGCGUUGCAGAUGUCCAGGAUGAGAAAGAAGCAAAGACUAUUUUGGAUCAGGUGAAACCUGACUGGGUUGUAUGGAGUGCUGGCGCUGGAGGGAAAGGCGGCGCAGAAAUGACCUUCGCGAUCGACCGCGACGCAGCCAUUGCCUUUACAAAAGCCAGCACUCACACAUCUUCUGUCAAAAAGUUUCUCAAUGUAUCUUACCUUGCCUCCCGCCGUGCCCGCGCACCCUGGUGGAACGACGAGGACUGGGAUUCUGCACAAAAAGUCAACAACGAGAUUCUACCGAGCUAUUACAAAGCUAAAGUUGCAGCUGAUGAGGUUCUUACUGUCUUGUCCAAUGAUCGUUUAGCAAAAGAAGAAAAGGAGGGCGUGCCAGCUAACGAGCGCUUCUGCGGUAUCAGUUUGAGACCUGGUACGUUGACUGAGGAGCCAGCUGGUAAAGUAAAGAUGGGCAGGAUUGGAGUUGGAGAAAAGGUCAGCCGUGCGACGGUUGCCGAGGUGAUAGUUAGAGCCCUGGAAAAAGACGGUUUGAAGGGAUGGCUUGAUUUUGUUGAUGGAACAGACGAGAUUGAUGGGGCGCUCGAAAAGUUUGUCAAAGAGAAGCAGGACAGUGUUGAGGGUGAAGAUCUAGGAGAUAUGAGGGCAAGGGUUGAGAACGUCUAGGCAUGCGAGAAGACUGUCAUACAUUCCCUGUGUUCGACAGAAACAGAUGCGCUGCAGACCAAACGCCUGAUGCUUAUGAAUCAUGCCUGAAAACCGUUCUCUUCGCGCCUGAUAUUCCCCUUCGAUCCAGCACCUGUCCUGUCGAAUGCUUCACUCUGGGAGUAUUUACUAUGAUAUAUCACUCGUAUGCUAGCAUAGACAAUUCAUGAACAGAUUGUGAUCUAAGUAGAG